AUGUCGACAGAAACACAGUCCCUCCCGGUCAGGGAAAGCAUAUCAAAUCUUACAACAACCAUCUCAGAGACCCAUACAUCCGAUAACACAACCGCCCAGAUCUACACACGGAACCCAUCUUGCGACAGCACAAUGUACCACGAAUUCCAUGAGGUGGUGGAUACCAAGGCGGUAGAGCAGAAGGAGGAGGAGUCUGUUCCGGCAUUGCCCCAGAAGAGUGCUCUGAGGGCUUCGAGGUUGCUUGACAGCUUGGUUCAGCUCAAGAUGAGUGGGACGGUUGAGACUGCCGAGUUGGAAAAGCCGUCCCCACUCGGCGACGUCUAUCUCUCUUCUGAGGAGGAUGCUUCCUCAGACACCGACAGCCUCUCCGACUAUGGCUACGAGUCCACCAACGAGAAGGAAGCCACUACCGCCACACCGACAUCCCGACGAGGCAGCCGUGAAGACACCGCUCGUGUUGUUUCGGUUAUCUUUUCUGGCAGGCCCUCGAUCGUCGACCUCACCACCCUCAGGAGGGGUUCCGCAGCUCCGAGCCUAGGGCACAUGAGGAAGCGGUCAAGCACAGUGUCCUGCAACAUCCCCAUUGAGCGGACCAUCACACCAGCCAGCCCCAUGUCAGCUUUUGCGCUUCCCGAGAGGAAAAGCAGUCUUCCCAUCGACAUGAUGCCCAUGAGGAAGCCUCAGUUCCUCAACGUUGACCCGUUCGCAAACGGCAGCUCCUACUCGCUGGAUGUUCCCAGAGCCGGUACUCCAGAGGAGGCAACAAGCCCGGCGAGAUCACCGAGGACACCAACCAUGACUCUGUUGAAGGGAGUUACGAGGACCUUCAGCCUCGUCAGGAAGAGGAGCCGUCCGGCGCUGGCGAGCCCCCAGCCACCGCAGGAGCGCACCACACCGCCUCCCUCAAGACACUCUAUGAGGCCACCACCAUCCCGUAGCAGCAUGAUGCCUCUCUCUGUGACCACUCCUCUUUCCGAGGAGGCUCCAGAGCAGCUUGUUGUACCGGGUUCCCCAGCAACCUCUGACAAGUCAUCAAGAAAGAACUUCAGAAUGUCCUCGCCAUUUGGACCAUCCCCAUCAUCGCAGCCUUCAUCACUGUCCCGAGGAGUGUGCUUCGCCCAUUUCUCCUCUUUCCCCAACCAGCGCGCCCAGGAGGGGACUUUUGAGCGGGUUUGCCGCAAGGCGCAAGAGCAUCAAGCUGACGGGGAGGAUCAACAUCUCCGCAUAAAGCGACACGAUACGCGCUGA